UCUUUGGUUUAUUCCAAAAUAAUUCAUCAAUCACACCUAGCUUGGGUGUAAGAAACAAGAAAAUCACUAAUCCCGUAUUUGUUCUAGUUUAAAAUAUUCACUCUUUUCUUGGACUAAUGAGCCUUUCGAUCUUCCUAUAAAAGCAGACAAGAACCAGUUCUGACCACCUCAAAUUAAGGUUUCUCUUGUUCUUUUGGAGAAUGAUGGCUUCGAGAAUCAGAAUCCUUGCUCUGGUUGCUGUUAUGCUUCUUCUCUUGCUUGCUUCAGCUUCAAAUGCAGCGAUUUCGUGCAGUGAUGUAAUCAAGGACUUGAGACCUUGUGUGAAUUACCUUGUGAAUGGAACUGGGAAACCACCCGCCGCUUGUUGUGCUGGAGCCUCCGCCGCGUCAUCCUCCGCUGACAAGAAAGCUGCUUGUGAAUGCAUUAAAUCAGUAGCUAAGAACAUAAACCCAAAAUCCCAGUUAGCCCAGGCUCUUCCUUCUAAUUGUGGAAUCAAUUUGCCUGUCACCGUUUCACCAACCGUGGAUUGUUCCAAUUACGUAAUCCAUCAAAAAAUUUUGCUUUUCUUGUCGUUUUGGGUCGGUUGAAACAUAAAGCGGCCUCAAGGAAGAGCAGGAAAAUCCUCCUUUCAUGGAAGCUUAACUAUUUUGUACUCGAAAUAAACUGGAAUCCAAUUACCACUUUUGGAUUCCUUCGAUGAAUAAAGCUUAAUGCCACCAUCCAAUUACCACUUUUCCUAUUAUAUGCCUUGUAUUCUAAUAUUUAUUAUUUGAUAUGUAAUCUCUUAUUUUAUUUUAAGAUUAUAAUUUAAAAAAAAAUAAUGUUUAACAUCAAUUAAGAGUUGUUGUAUAUUGCUUGUUUAACAUACAUCUUAAAUUUGGAAAAAAAAUAUAAAAAUAAAUGAUAUGAUAAUAGUUGUAAAAAAGGUUAUACAAUAAUAUUACUUUUAUUAUGCAUACGCGUAAGAAAGUUUAUUAAAUUUUGUACGUAAUAUGAUUAAAUAUGAAGAUAUUUGUGAGAUUAAAGGUUUACUUAUAACAUAAGUUAAUUCUUAACUACAAAUCUCAGACUUCUCAUUUCACCCU